UGAAUAAAAACGGUUGUAUGACAGGUUUCUGAUCAGAACAGAAAGCAUUAGUUCCAAGAUAUUACGGCGUGAUGGCAACGCCUGAACGUUGGCGCCAAACCCCAAUCGCGUUGUAAUUGUCGAAAAACUUGAAUCUUGAUAUUAUGGUUUUGCAUCAGCUAUGGUGAAUUAAUCACUUGCUCAAGAAGAUCUAGCCAUGGCAUCACCAAAGCUCCGUUCAUUAGUCCUCAUCGCAAUCUGCUGCCUGGCCCUUGCAAGUAAAUCAAACGCCGAGUGCUGCCGUGAAACCGAGGAAGUGAUCUUCAAGAUUGCCAAGGGAGACUGCAACGAUGUCAAAGGAAUUGGAUACUAUCGGGACGAGUGCCAAAUCUACGUCUGCGCGAACGGGUCUCCCGUGGUGGGCACAUAUUGUGGCAAGGGUUCUUGCAACAUUUUCGGCUGCAACUGCGACGGCGGAUGUCUGACUGGCAACUGGAGCCAAAGUUUCGUGCAAAACAACAGAUUCUAUGGAAUCGAAGUGGUUCGAGCUUCCAGAGUCCCAUAUUAA